GUAGGCCAAGAAGCAUGCAAAGGUUGUAACAUGCAGCCAAGUAAACCACCUGUUGGUGCAGCAGUAUCGCAACCGGUAGGCAUAUGUUAUGGAACAUUUGCUGAUGAUCAACCAAUAGCCCAGGAAGCUAUCUCUCUUGUCCAAUCUUCCGGAAUUCGAAGAUUGAGACUAUAUGGCCCCGAUCAUAAUGCUUUGCAAUCUCUGAGAAACACUGGCGUUGAAGUUGUGCUUGGUGUACCUAAUGACCAACUUCAAUCAGUGGCAACCUCACAAGAUAAUGCUAUUCAAUGGGUUCAAAAUAAUGUCAAAAACUAUCAAGAUGUUAAAUUCAGGUACAUUGUUGUUGGAAAUGGAAUAACUCCCAUCGAUGAACAAACUUCAAAGUUUGCACCAUGCGUCCUCCAAGCCAUGCAAAAUAUUCAGAAUGCAAUAUCUGCUUGUGGACUUCAAAACAAAAUCAGAGUCACAACUGCUGUUGAUCAGUCUGAGAUUCUUAGUCAAUCUUAUCCACCAUCAAAGGGUCAAUUUAGGCCUGAAGUCAAACAAUUUAUUGACCCCAUUAUCCAUUUUUUGGUUAACAAUAACAAUGCACCAUUGCUAGUAAACCUUCACCCUUACUUUAGUUAUGUCCAUAACAAGGUAGAUAUUCCUCCAGAGUUGGAAGCAUGUGGUAAAGGCGGUCAACAUCCAAGACUAGAAUAUGCCACUUUUCAACGAUCUGAUGUAAUUGUACAAGAUGGACCACUUGGCUACACAAAUGUAUUUGACGCCAUGGUAGACAGUGUACACUCUGCACUAGAGAAUGCUGGUGGAUCAUCUUUGGACGUAGUCGUGUCUGAAAUUGGAUGGCCAACUGCCGGUGGAGAUGCGGCUACUAUUGAAAAUGCAUCAAUACAUAACAAUAAGCUGAUUAACCAUGUACUCAAUAAUGGAACUCCAAAACGACCACAGAAGCUUAUCGAGACUUAUAUAUUCAAUUUGUUUGAUGAGAACAAGAGAUUCGGUGAAGAGUUUGAGAGGCACUGGGGUGUCUUCUGCAACAAUAAGCAAGCCAAGUACAAAAUUAAUUUUGAGUCUAAUUAAUGUAGUUCUGUCCAUGUCCCAAUUUGUGUCUAAUAAGACA